AUGUGGGAUCGUGCAUUCAACGCGAAUGCUCUCCGCGAAUAUGAGCCUCGCUUGAACCGCCAUGCUCUUGCUCUCAUGUCCAAGCUCAAGGAACAAGCUACGCGAUCUUCAGUGCGAAUUACCGACUGGGUCAACUUCUACAGCUUUGACGUCAUGGGAGAUGUUGGCUUCAACCGCAGCUUUGAUAUGGUGGAAAAGGGCGAAGAAGACCCUGUCAUCAAGCUAUUACACGAAAGCCAGGCGCCCAUAAGCAUCUUUGCACACAUAUCUUGGGCUAUGCGGCUCAUAGCACUGACGCCCGUCGGUUCUGGACCCCUUUUUGAGCAUAUAGCCUGGAGUGCAAAGGUUCUCGAAGAGCGGAAGAAGGCCAAGCUUCGCACUGCCAUUGAUGAAAUCGAAACGAACAAGGGGCAUCUUGAUGUUGAAGACGUCACCGAGUGUGCUUACCUGGACGGGGUAAUCAACGAGACUUUGCGCCUUCAUCCUGCUACACCCUCCGGAGCGCAGCGCGAGACACCACCCGAAGGAAUAAUCCUACCCAACGGCACAUACAUACCCGGCAAGAUCAACGUUUGGAUGCCGUUCUACAGCCUGCAACGCGAUCCACGAUACUUUGAAGAGCCGCUAUCCUUCAUGCCAGAGCGAUGGACCGGCGAACGACCUGGUGCUGUCAUCGACAAACGUGCCUAUCUGCCUUUCUCCAUUGGACCGUACAACUGUAUUGGACAGAAGCUAGCCAUGAUGGAACUGCGCAGUGUCACUGCCAACCUUGUUCGAUCAUUCGAGAUCUCUUUUGCCGAGGGUGAAGAUGGCAGCACGAUCGAAAACAAGACCCGGGACUGCUUUACCAUCAAUGUGGGGAAGCUAGAUGUCAAACUCACGCCACGGUACUGA